CUUUUCAAAAGCUUCCGCAGUUUUGGCAAGGGCCAAGAGAAAAAGUCGUCGAGGAGAACACACAAACCCCAGAGCCACCGCACACACACUUUUUGGAUUCGAGUCCUUGCAUCCCACCCAAAACAUCCCACACACCGUGUUUGAUCCUACUAACUAACUAAGAAUACGAAAAAAUAUGGUAUUCUCACUCGAGCAAGUCUUCGCGUUCCUCGCCAUUUCCUCGUCGCUACUUAUUGUCCGUGUGAAUGGCCAACAGGAUGUCAAAGUGAAUAUGCAACCACUCCGCUACUGCAGCGACAGACGGUGGUGGGGUUGCCAAGCACGAGCUUAUCCUUACGGUGAAUACUGGGAGAACGCAGGAAUGUCGAGCAAUCACCAAAAUGCUGCAUUCAUGGGGAUCAUGGGAGAGGAACCAGCCGCUCCACGUUAUCUUGCCAUCUUUUCCCAUGGACAACAAGGCUUGCAUGGGCAGAUUGGUGAUGCCACCGCCAAUGUAUUUUGCGGAUCCGACAUGGAGUGGAAAUGGAACACUGACGAAAACCCCAGCCAAACGAUACACUUGGAUGGCAAGAGUGCGGCGGCUCAGUUCUACAAUGAUCAAAGCAGGUUUCUGCCCCAGAGCGACACGCUGUUCUUGACCAUUUUUGACCCGCAGUUUAGCCAACAAUUCUCGGAACAUGAAAAGAACGAGAUUCUAGAUGGAUACGCUUCCUUUUUGGAUAGCAAGGUGUAUGAUUGGGCCGACAUUGAAGGCGUUGUCUUUGUCGGGGCAUCUCGUGGUGGCUGUUUCGUGACGAGGUUGGCGCAAAAGCUGGAAGCCAGCUAUCUGCAAGAUGGUGCCAAGGUUGCCCUGAGCGUUGUCGAUCCAGUGUGCAAAAUGGCGCAAGAAGAGUACGGAGUCACAUCCGACACCAUUGACAACCCGCUGAACACUGCGUACAGAUCCUACACCACGGAUGUGGCCGCUCAACUAUCUGGCCCCAAGGAAAACUAUUGCGUCCGGAAUCUAGCGUUGGGAGAGGAAAUAUCGGGGAUGUUUCUAGGGGUUCGAGGCUGGUCUCACAAUACUUGCACGGAAUCUACAUGCUAUCUGAACGACGCAAGUGACCAGCCUUACUAUACUCAAGUCUGGGCCAACAUGUGUCACAGCUGCGUGGGACGUCAAUACGAUGAUGCAUCACUUGAUGUUACUGUGAAUCCAAUCCUGGACCACCUGGAAGGAUGCAUGGCUCGGUUUGGGUGGUAAAAGUAUCUAGCUAUCUACAGAAUAGAGGAUAGCAUCGGCCCAGGAUAGCCCGGGGAUAGAGCAGACAAACAACAAAGGUGUUCAAGACGAACUCCCUCCAGGUACCGUAGACAACCAAAUUUAACAUUAAAAGAAGAACAGUACAGUAGCAUCAUUUCCUUGAGGGCGGGAACAGCGAAAUAAGAAUGUGGA